CACACCUCGUCACUAGUCUGGUUGAAAUCUAGUGCAUGGGUUUACAUGGAUGGCAAACACAUACACUAAUAAGAGGCCUCUAAAUGGACAAACAUGUCAUCAACAACUUCCAACCGAACACAUCAUCUAACUCUGAUAACUGCUCUUGGGGUUUUGUGUUCAGUGGUACUAUUUUUUGUUUACUUUCAACCCUCAUCUACUGCAUGUCCAUCUCGAUUAGAUGAUUUGCCAUUUUUGGCAAAGGGAGAUGUUUCCUCAUCUACCAAAAAGCCUGUGGAAAAGCCACUUGUGUUGCUCUGGUUCUGGCCACUGGGUGUGAGAUGGAAUUUUGAAAUCUGCAAAACUCAUUUCAGCAUCGAUAGCUGUGUUCUGACAGAUGACAGAUCCCUUUAUGACAAAGCAGAGGGAGUGGUGGUUUUUCACAAAGGCAUCAGCUGGGACCUGAAGAACCUGCCUCAGUCUCCUCGUCCACAUUUUCAGAAAUGGAUCUGGUUUCAUGUGGAAUCACCAACAAAUACCGCCAGAAUACCAGGUCUGGAAAAUCUAUUUAACCUCACUUUGAGCUAUAGACGAGAUGCUGACAUCACAGUGCGAAAUGAAUUGACAACCGUGAAGACUGAAAAGGACAGUGAGUUUGUGCUGCCCAAGAAGGAUAAAUUGGUUUGUUGGAUUGUGAGCAACAACAAUCCUUCAACUGGGACAGGGACCAGAGCAAAGUACUAUCAAGAGUUGGUCAAACACAUCAAGAUACAUGUUUAUGGUUCUGCUUUAACAGGGAGUCGUUUGAAGUAUGAGGAGUAUUACUCAACCCUUGCUAGCUGUAAGUUCUACCUUUCAUUUGAGAAUUCAAUCCACAGAGACUACAUCACAGAAAAGGUUAACGGACCACUUGUAGCAGGAACCAUACCAGUAGUCAUGGGCCCAACCAGAGAGAACUAUGAACAGUUUAUCCCAGCUGGUUCUUUCAUUCAUGUAAAUGACUUUACUAAUGCAAAGGCACUGGCUGACUUCCUCCUCCAACUGGACAAGAAUGAUGAGAUGUAUAUAAGUUACUUCACCUGGAGGAGGUACCUUAAUGCCAAACCCCACCUCCUGACAAUGCAGGAAGAGUUUAUUCAACCUGUUUGUUUAGCCUGUGAAUACAUGGCAAGAGACAAAGGAUAUUACAAUGUUGUCCACAACCUUUAUGAAUGGUACUUUGGAUGAGGGUUUAGCCAUCAUUUUGUAAGCACAGAAAAUAUAAUUUUAGCUUAGCUACGUAAACGGAAUACAAUUUUAAAAGUGUACUCGAAUUUGGGGAUAUCUUGAUUCAAAAUCUUUAUCAAUUUAAAGGAUGGGUAUUCAAGGUUUUGGGGUAGAUUAAAAUAAAUAAAUAAUUAAACACUUUGGAAGCAACAUACACUCUAAACCCCAAUGUGCUGUCAUUACUCAAAACUUUUAAGGAACCCAUUGCACUUAAAUAAAACCUUUUACUGCAGUGGGCUAAAUCAGCUGGUCAGAGUUAUUCUUGGUAGUCUUAAACAAAUCUACUUUGAAACCAAACUAUACACCUCACACACAUGGUUAUGGGCUUAAAAAAAUAAGAAACCUUUACCAUGUCAGAUAUAUAUAUAAAUAUAAUAUAAAUGAUAUAAAUGUAUUACAUUUUCACUUUGAAUGUCAAUAUUACAUUUUAUAUUCAUCACAGAAGGCUGAACUAUAACAAAACGGUUUGAUAUAGAAACACCAGAUUUUAGUCUGUUUAAAAAAAAAAACUUUAUUAUUUAUGAAAAAUUAUAACAUUCCACCCAUGAGGUCAAAGAUGGCACUUUUGAUAACUGAUUGCAGGAAAGGGCUACUAUGUCUGAAUACAAUUACUUAAAGUGAUAUUGUAGUCAUUACGCACACCGACCCUAUAGGGCAGGGGUGUAAAACUCUUUCCAGGGAGGGCCACGUUUUGAGGUUUUCCUUUCAACGAUGACCUAGACACCCAGGUGAGAGGAGUUCCUUACUAAUUAGUGACCUUAAUUCAUCAAUCAAGUGCAAGGUUGGAGCGGAAACCCACAGAUACUCUGCCCUCCAUGGAAUUAGUUUGACAUGUGUUGUAGAGGGUCCAGAUUUGAGUUGUAUAAUUUUAUUGCCAUUCGUAUGACAUUUGAGUAAUGCUUCCAAUAUAAUUUCCUAGUGUGCCUAGUCUUUGAGUGAAUUGCAGAGUUACUGUACCACCCAUGACUGUAUUUCUUCGUGACAGCGACAUGGUUGUUGAAUUCACUCAUUUUUAGGUGUGUGGGUGGCCUUCACUGAGUGAGUUCCUAGGCAAAUGUUGUCUUUAUAGUUCAACUCUUAAUGACAAAACAUUACACAUCCAGUAAGGCCUUAUUUUGAGGUCUAGUGAAAUUCCAGUAACUUUACCACAUUUUCAAAAAAUCCUGGUUGAAGGAUUUCCAGGAAUCUUCCAACUGGGAUUGCUGAAAAACCUGGGAAAUGUACCAUCAUUUUGCAACCCCUCCUGCAAGUCACAUUGUGCUGGCUUGCAAAGUGACAUAUAACUCCUAUUGGAAUCCAGACAGAGUUAGGAUAUCUAUUAACCAUGUAAAUUGGAACACCCAUUUCAGUAAUGAGUGCAAAAAAUCUAACUAAAUGAUUGGAUUUGUUUAGAAAAAUGUAUGUUAUUUAUGUGUAGCAUAAAUGUGUAGCAUAGCAUUAAUCCAUCAAUCACUCAAUGUACAUGCAAAAACACUUGUUUUAGUUUUGAGUUUGUGCUACAUAAACAUUUGAAUAAAUAAAUAACUUUU